AUGAAUCCAAAACAAUUAUUCUAAGAUAAAUAUCAAUAGAUUAGAGAUUUCUUACUCUCUUCCUCUGAUGAAAGAAACAAUGAGUAGUUAAUUGAUAUUAGAAACAUACUAGAAAGUUUUGCUUUUUUCAUUCAAUUUACAAAGUAUUAUAUAUAUAUUUAUUAUGUUUCAAGUACAAAAUCAUAAGAAUUUAUAGAGAUGUGUAGAUAUUUGUAAUUAGAAGUAUAUGAAUAAGAACAAACACUUUUUAGGUAAGGAGAUCCUGCAGAUAAAUUUUAUAUAAUUUUAAAAGGAGAAGCUAGAAUAUUGAUUAAAAGUCCUGGUUUAGAUGAAAUUAAAUAAGUUGGUAUUUCUGGUGUAGGAGAUUGUUUUGGUGAAUUAGCAUUAUUAUUUAAUUCAGAUAGAAAUGCUACAAUAGUAGUUGGAAAGUAAACUGAAUUGAUGGUUCUUCAUAGAAAUGAUUUCAAUAAAUAUAUGAAAUUUCAUUCAUCUGAAUAAGCAAAUUAAGUAAAGCACCAUUAAUACAUACAAGGCAUAUAAUCUUCUCAAUGUCAUAGAACCAUUUCUUUCAUUAAAUUUUCCAGAUAAAAUUAGACUUGCAAGUAAAAUGGAAUAUAGAACAUUUCAAUCAAAUUAUGCAUUCAUUAAUUAAGGAUAAACUCUAAAUAAUUUUUAUGUAGUAGAAACAGGUUCUGUUAAACUUUAUCGUACAAUACCAUUUAAUAUUAAUAAAAAUGGAUUAAUUUAAUUUCAACAUAAAUAUGAUCCAAAUAAAUAGAGUAGAAAUCUUAAAAUAGAAAUUGAUGAAAUAGGACCUGGAAAAUAUAUUGGUGAUUAUGAAUUAUAACAUUAUAAGCCUAGUUAAUAUACAGCAGUUACAGGUAUGUAAACUACUUGUUUUGUGAUUUCUCUUAUUGAUUUUAAUCUAAUGAGUCAAUUUUAAUUAGCUGAAGUUUGUAGAAAUUCUAAACCUUAUCCUACAGAUGAUCAUAUUAGAGAAGCCUUUCUUGAUGGAAUUAAAUGGAGAAUUUUCAGAGUAUUUAUUUUAAUCUAUACUAGAAAUAAAUGGUAUCAAAAUUAUAAUUAGAAUUAAAAACAUGUAGUGAUGUUAGAGAUCCAACAACAUUACCUAAAUUUUAAUAUUAAAAAGAUCUUCGUUAAUUUGCACUCAAAACACUCUCUUAUGAUAAAUUAAUGGAUUCAUAUUUGAAUUCUAAUGGAGAACCUCUUUAAUCAUAAACUGGUAGCAUUGUUUUCAAUGAAUUAAAUAGUAAAAGUCCAUAAAAGAAAGAUAAACCAUUUUUUACUAAUGUUGAUGAAGCAAUUAGAAAAUUAAAAUAAUCUUAAGGCAGUAGUCGAAGCAAGAAAUAAAUUCUUCCAAAAAUAAAUCCUAAGGUUGGCUCAGAUAUUUAUAAUAUAUUAGUAAAGAAAUGAUUAUUAACUUCUUAUAAAUAAAAUUAAAAUGAAUCAAAUUUCCCAAAACAUCCUUGUUCAAAAACUUAUUGAUUACAAAUUAAGGUAUUCAUAUUCUUUCUAUAUAUAAAUCUAGAAAGAACAAAAAUAAGAGAAAGGCUAGUCCUUAGUAUUCUCCUCCAAAGAUGCCCAUAUCAUAAAGAUAGACAUCCUUUUCGAAUGGUCAUGCAUAUUCCAUUCAUUAAAAAUUGAAAUCAAUUCAAAGUUAACAGAAAGUAUUCAUUCCUCAGGCUAUGCCACAGUCUCGGAUUUGCUAGAUCUCUUAAGCCAAAUGUUUCGCCUUAUUCAAUAGUAUGAAUAGCAGGCAAGCCAUCUUUGGUCCAAAAAUCUCGAGAUGUUGAAGCAAAUCAAGAUUCCAAUCCUCCAAGAAAAUGAAGACUUAAAGCUUGCUGUAGAAACCCUAAAAUAAAAUGAUAUUCAAAAUAGCGUAUAUGGAUAAUUAAAAGAGUAUGAAUAAAUUGAGAAGCCAAUACCAAAAUUAAUCGAUUUGUAACAUAUUAAUAGAGAUUCAAAUUUUUAAGAAGAGUUUAUGUCUAAAGUAAAUGAAUUUAGUUUAUCGUGGCGACAGGAAGUACAAUAGCUAAAGUAAUUAUGA